UGAUGAUGACGUUGACGAAGAAUUGACAAAACUUCGGGCAGCGAUUGAAAAAUUAGAAAACAAACGAAAAAACAAACGUAUGAAAACCGAGAAUGAUAAUAGUGAUGUGCCCAUUUAUCGCAUAGCACAGUCCAUUAAAAUGUUUAAUGGUGAGAUUUCAGAAUGGCCUGCUUUUAAACGAAGGAUUGAGACGUUGGUUAUCGAUCGAAAAGGAAUGUCUGAUAUAUCGAAAAUGGCACUUAUAUCUGGUUUGCUGAAGGGUAAACCCUCAACAAUCUGGGAUAGCUGUGAGACUAGCGGUAUGCAACUGAAUCAAUCAUGGAAGAAACUAGCUGCAGAAUUUGAGGAUGUCGGAAGAAUCAACCUGUUUAUUCAAUCUACGGUUCUUAAGAUGGUACAUGUUGGUAAUAAAUACGAUUUUGAUAAUUUGGCCAAAAUUGAAACACAGGUUUCAGAACUCCGUAAUGCGUUGAUUGGACUGGGUCCACAUUUCAGUGAAAAUACUUCUCAGAUUGUAUGGAGAAUUGCUACUAAAUUUUGGAGUGAAGAAUCUGAUAAGAUUAUUAGCAAAUGUCAGUCUCUAGAAGAUUUAUUGUCUAGAAUUAAAAAAGCUCAACUUGAUGCUGUGGCAUGGGCACAGCGAAACGCUGAAAUUAAAUCGAAAUCUGUCCGAGUUGUUGGUACUGCAGGAAACAAGCCUUCUAAAACUUGUUUCUUAUGUGAUAAACCUGGACAUUUUGCUAUCGUAUGUAGAACGUUGAUGAAUGCAGCAGAGAAAAGAAAAAUUGUGAACGAUAAAAAUUUGUGUUGGUUUUGCUUAUGGCCUGGUCAUAAAGCUAAAGAUUGCCGAAAAAAGGAAUCAGUUAAAUGUUUAACGUGCAAUGGAAAUCAUCCAACGCCUUUGCACGAUGUCAAUUUUAAUGAGUCAAUAAAUGUAGUUACUAUGGCUGAAGUUCGAAUUGCAAAGAAUGGUUCUUCAGUUGGGAAAUUUCAAUGCCGAAUUGGAGCAAGUGAUUGUGAAGUUCUUAUAGAUUCAGGAGCUGACGUCUCUAUAAUUCCAGGGAAUCUGGUCGCGACUCGGAAUCGUCGAACCACAACGCCAAUCAAAUUGUGUGGCUUUGACAAUGCAAUGUAUCGAAAUGUUAAUCAAGAAUCUGAUGUAGUUCUUUCAUACCCGAAUGGUGAAAUAAACUUGGUCGCAUACGUAUCUGACACAGUGCCUAAGAAUAGCGUGAUUAUAGGAAAGGAUUUCAUUUAUAAGAUGUUCAAGAAGGGUUAUCGUGUUUGGCAUACUGUUUUCGGAGACGUAGAUUUAGAGUCUAUGAAGGUCAUUAAUGUCGUUACGAAAUGUGAUAAAAAAAUAGUUAAGUGGAACGAAAAUACGGAUCCCGAAGAUGUCGAAGAGGGCUAUGAGAUAGAUUUACGAAUGGAAAGGUUAGAUAAUGGCCGAUUCAUUGUGAAUUUGCCAUUCUUUUCUAACCAACGACCGCCAAACAACUUUAAUAAGGCUUUAAAUAACCUGAAUCGCUUACAAAUUCGCUUAUUCGCAAAAGGGCUUUUUGAUCAAUAUGAAACAGAAUUAAUGAAAUUCGUAGAAAAUGGGCAUGCAGAAAUUAUUAAUGAUUCUGCUGGAUAUUUCAUACCACAUCAUGAGGUGGAACGUCCGGAAGCUACAACAACUAAAUUUAGAAUCGUGUUAAACGCGUCUUUUGGUUCGAAUUCGCUGAACGAACUGCUUUGGAAAGGAAUCGUCUUAAAUAUGGAUACGUUGCCGCAUCUUUUGAGAGUUCGAAUGAAACGGUUCAUGUGUGUCUCUGAUUUACAGAAGGCAUUCUUGCAAAUCGUCAUAAAGGAGAAUGAUCGAAAAUAUUUGCGCUUUUUAUGGAAGAAGCGUGAUGGAGAUUUAGUAAUAAUGCAGAUGGUGGUACUUCCUUUUGGCGUCGUUAGUGCUCCUGCUAUCCUCACUCAAGUAAUCGCGUCUAUAAUAAAUGGUAUGUCUAGAAAGUCAUCUUCGAUUUUGGAAAAUUCUUCGUAUAUGGAUGACUUGUUGGUGGUCACGAAUUCCGAAUCGGAACUGUUAUAUGCCAUGGAAGAAGCACAGUCAUCUUUUUUGGCUUCUGGAUUUAUCCUUCACAAGUUGGUAUCUAAUUCGACGAUGAUCCGGGAUAGAUUUAAAAGUGAAUCGAAUAGCUGUAAACUCUUGGGUUUGGUUUGGAAUAAUAUUGAUGAUACUCUGAAUGUUAAAUGGAGAAUCCCUAGCGUUAUUGAUACGAAGCGAAAACUACUGAGUUUCAUUGGCCAGCUGUUCGACCCGUUGGGAUUUUGUGAACCAGUCAAAUUAUUGUUUCGUUUUGAGUUUGCUUCAAUACAUACGAAGGAAUGGGACGAAUUAUUGGAUGACGAGGUGAAUAGUAGAUUAAAGAAUCUAAUGGUUGAUAUGGAGAAACUAAACGAGUUGAGUUUCCCUCGUCAAGUAGAAAGAAUUGGGCCUCUAUCUUGUUUUGUUGAUGCGAGUGGGAAUGGAUAUGGUUAUGCUAUUUUUAUUGGUAACGAUUUAUUUUUCGGUAAAUCAAAAAUAGCACCCAGAAGUAAAACUAUUGUUGAUCUUGAGUUAUUAUCUUUGUUGGAAGGAACGAAAGCUGUCUCGCGGAUCGUAAAACUUUUGAAUUAUGAUGGAGAAAUUCUAAUGUUCACCGAUUCGUUGGUGAAUAUUCAUCGUCUAAAGUCUUCUCCCAACGCCUUCCCUAUUAAAGUCGCUCGGCGAAUGCUGGCGAUCCUGAUGAUUGCCGGAGAAAUUCAAAUUAAAUUUCAUCACAUCAGUGGAAGUAAAAAUCCCGCUGAUCUGUUUUCAAGAGGUUGUCGCGCGGGCCGAUAUAUCAACUCAAAAAUUUGGAAAAUUAACAUCGAAGAAAAAUUAAUGGCUAGUAGCGAGCCGAUUGCUACAAAGCUAAUUUGCACUAUUAAGGAAUCAAUAUUUCCAGAUUCUUCCCUUCGCAAUUGGAUGGACAAGUGUGGUACGCUUUCAAAAAUGUCCAAAUGGUCCGAUAGAAUCCUCAAAUGGAUGGAACGAGCUACUGGGCGAGUUCGGCGGUUGGAUGCUGUGGAAACGGUGUAUCGUAUUUAUCAGCAAAGCGAAACCAAACAUCCUGAUGAUUGCUUCGAAGAUAAAGGUUUAAUUCGUUUCAAGUCAAGAGAUCGUGAUAAUUUUCCUGUUUGGAUACCUGGGAAUUCAAGUCUUGCGGUAGAAAUGUUGACGCUUGCCCAUCGUAAAUCAUUACAUCGAGGUCGUGAUAUGUCAUUGGCCAUGGUGGCGAAUGGUGUCAGAAUUGUAGGUGCUAGACGGCUUAUGAAAAAAUUAAUUAGUGGUUGCCUCAUAUGCCGAAUGAUUCGCGGCAAUGCAAUUAUUCAACCGUUUGGUCCGCUUCAUGAUAUUCAAAAGAGAUUUAUGAAACCUUUUGAAUGCAUAAUGAUGGAUGCGUUUGGCCCAUUGAAAUUGUCAAACGGUGCGAAAUGUUAUGGAUUAGUGGUAUUAUGUCGAACAACUAAAGCUUUAAAACUUGCUGUCUUGGAAGAUUUAUCGGAAUCAUCAUUGGCGAAUGCGUUAAUCAACGUUUGGAAUCUGGUGGGUUUUCCGUUAGAGGUUUGGUCCGACAAUGGAACGAAUUUCUUGGCAGUUCGUGAUAAAUUGGAGAAAAUGGCAAUGUCUGGAAAAAUAAGCGCUAUUAACUGGAAAACGUCUACGCCGUCUGCUCCAUGGAUGAAUGGUGCAGCUGAACGAAUGGUUCGCUUGGUCAAAGAAUGUCUUUGUUUGUUACCGAAAAAAGUUCGGUCUUUAUUCGUUUUGAGCAGAAGUUUCAAUUAUGUUGAACAUGUUAUUAAUCAAAGACCAGUUGUACAGAAUGAAGGAAGAUAUUUUUCUGCCUUUGAGUUGUGUACUGGUCGUACCAUGAAUCUUAUGCCGAUGACUGAUCGUGGGGAAUCGAUUGACGAUGCUGUAGGAAUGCUUUUUGAAAGAACAAAAUUUAUCGAUUCCGUUGCUCUAUUAUGGAUUUCUCAAUAUCUAAACAAAAUUGCUAAAGUGAAUUCCGCUAAACCAGUGGAAAUUAAAGUCGGUGAUUGGUUGUUGGUUCCAGGGAUGCUUUCAAAACGAUGUAAAUGGCCGGUUGGACAGGUUACGGGAGUAGUGGUUGGUUCCGAUGGAAUAUGUCGUUCUGCAAAAAUACGCUGUAUGGGAAAGGACGUAUGGAGACCUUUGAAUAAAUUGGUUUGGAUCGCUCGUUCAGGGGCGGAAGAAACUGUUGCUGAACCGUUGAAAGUCGAUAAUUAAACAAUUCCAUAAUUAAAUGAAGUUAUUGUUCGGUUACAGGGC